GAAGAGUUUGUUGAUGAGUGAGAUGUGAAGGUAGAGGUAGUAAGGGAGGCUCGGUGAAGAUAACGCCAGCUGUAAACAUCGAUCCAGGUGUUGAGGGAGUCCACGCCCGCAGCCCCCUCGUCAUGUCCCACACACUCCCUGUUUAAGUUCAUAAAUCCACAAUGACUGCUGUGGGUUCCCCGCUGUUAUGGCAGGGGAACAUGGGCGGAGUCACUCUCCGCCCACAGCCCCGUCUGGAUGUAAAAUGGCUCAAAUCAGAUUUACAAAGCCUUCUGCAGCCUGAUAAUCUACCAUCAUUGUACAACCAGAUGGUAAAGGAUGGAGAAGUUGCUGGGCCUCAUGUUGAAGGCAUUCUUAACUCUGCUGGUGUUACUGCACGGAAAGGGGAAAGUGGACACUACUAUUGCAGUAUGCGAGUAUUGACGUGUCCUUGUUGUGAUGGUAUCUGUGGGCCACAAAGUGGUUGCAAUUGUGGACCUUGUCAAAAGCUUGAUCGAGAGGAGGCUGAACGAGAACUAGAAAGUGGACAAGGAGCAUCUCCUCCCUCAUCUUCACUCCUGGAGGGUUGGACAUGGGGGCCACAACCAGAAGAAAAAGAUUUGAAGAAAUGUCUUGAUGCACUUGUCAAGGAGCAGCGGCUGACAUGUUUAGAUGCAGCAUCUACUACACUUUCUGCUAGCCGUCUUCAGCAACGCUUCAUGGUGGCUCAUAGAUACCUUGUUGCACUCAAGCGAGCUAGGCCACCAGAAGUAAAAUCCAGCGAGACUGUAGGCAAGAAAAAAGCUCAGAUGCCAAAUGUGUGGGGUGAAGGAAGGGUUGGCAGAGGAGCUGGAGCAGAACGGGCAACUCUUGGAUUAGCUAGAGUUGGAUCAAGGGCAGCACUCAAUUUUGCUUUUGCUUUCUUAAGAAGGGCAUGGAGAUCAGGGGAAGAUGCUGAUCUCUGUACAGAACUAUUGCAGGAAUCCCUUGAGGCUUUGGAAACACUUCCUGAAGCAACGUUGUUUGACGAGUCUAGUGUGUCAUCGGUAUGGCUUGAUGUUGUUGAACGGUCACAAAAAUUCCUCACAUCCGUUGUUCUCAGCCAGGUUCCUGGAGGUAAGUUGGCAGCUUUGUAAUUAAUUAUUUAGUGU